GAGAGGGAGAGGAGCAGAGAGCUGAAGGUCUCACUGUAUUGAACUCGAGAUAAAGAGAGAGACAGACAGACAGAGAGAGAGAGGGGGAUUAUUUUGGCCAUGACCAGUGAGCACUCCCUGCAGGCUCUAAGCUGGAGGAAACUGUACCUGAGCAGAGCGAAGCUGAAGGCUUCCAGCAGAACCUCAGCUCUGCUGUCAGGAUUCGCCAUGGUCGCGAUGGUGGAGGUCCAGCUGGACACCAGCCAUGACUACCCCCCCGGCCUGCUGAUAGCCUUCAGCGCCUGCACCACCGUGCUGGUGGCUGUUCACCUUUUUGCUUUAAUGAUCAGCACCUGCAUCCUGCCCAACAUCGAAGCGGUCAGCAACGUCCACAACCUCAACUCGGUGCGCGAGUCUCCUCACGAGCGGAUGCAGCGGCACAUCGAGCUGGCCUGGGCCUUCUCCACGGUCAUCGGCACGCUGCUCUUCCUGGCCGAGGUGGUACUGCUCUGCUGGGUGAAGUUCCUGCCUGUUCGACCGCGGCAGCAAAAGAACGGCACCAUGCCCGCCGGAGUGGCGGCCGCCAUCACCUCCACCUCCAUCAUGGUGCCCUUCGGCCUCGUCUUCAUCGUCUUCGCCGUCCACUUCUACCGCUCGCUGGUCAGCCACAAAACUGACCGCCAGUUCCAGGAGCUGGAGGAGUUGGAGGAUCUCCAGAACGAACUGGACCAGAGAGGAGAAGCUUCAGCCCUGCAUUCUCCAAUAUCGCAGUGACCCUGACCGCUCCAGGCCUGAAGCUCUGCUGCAGCUGGGUUAGCUUACCUGGGCAGGUAGAACGCUGGAGCUGGGCUGAUACGGUCAACGUCGUCACAGCUGUUUUUGUUCAACAGCAGAGAGAAAGUAAAGAAAAGGAAGCCAGAACGUUCAUUCCAAUAUUCCAAAUAUUAUUUAAAUAUUUUUUAAUAUUUCUUCCGCCCAAAAAAAGUAGUUCCAGCACAAUUCCAAUAGUUCCGGCAUUGCUGUUGUUGCUUAGCAACUGAUGGUCAGUGAAAU